AUUGAUUGAUUGAUAAUCUAUCAUCAUUACUGAGGCAUCAUUUUUAGACAUUUUAUGUGACCUACACUGAUACCUACAUUUUAUGUAUGAAUGUACUUUGCUCUUUGUCACAGAGAAAGCAGAAAUAUUCAGCCACACGCCGACUGCAGUUGAAGUCUAAACUGCUGAAGAAGGCAGCUUCUAUGCUCGUGGCUGAAAGCGAGCAAAAAAAGCAAGAGAAGGCAAGAGUUGUAAAUGAGAGCUUCCCACCACUGAUGCUAUCAGGUCUGUCAGUCCAGGAGCUCCAGGACCUUUGCAAAGAACUACAUCGAAAGAUUGAUGUUGUAGAUGAAGCGCGUUAUGACAUGGAGAUUAAAGUAGCCAAAAAUGAUAUGGAGAUCCAGACUCUGAAUCAGAAGAUCAUUGACCUGAAGGGUGUUAAGAGGCCCAGCCUGAAGAGGGUGAAGAAAACAACAGACGACAUGCUGGGUGCAUGUACUGACAGCUCCAAACUUAUGAAGGCUGACUUCAAAGUCAACCUUAAGACAGUGAAGAAAGACGAUGAAAAGAGGGAAGAGGUUACAGACUGGCGUAAGAACGUGGAGGCCAUGUCUGGCAUGGAGGGUAGAAAGAAGCUGUUUAAUGCCGGACAGUAAGAAGGUGCUCAUGGUAAAAAGGUUAUGUUAGCAACAUGUCAUCUUCUCAAAAUAAACUUUUAGUUUGCAAGGUUCAAGUCCAAGUUAUUUUUUUUAAAUCAAAUCCUAUAGACCAUCAUAUCUUCGGAUUUUGGCCAAAACUGAGAAAGGUUUCCAUUUCAGCAUGAAUUAAAACUGGUUUUAAAAUACUUUUCAUCAUGAGUCAACAUGUUAAAGAAAUACAACUGUAUGCCAUGACUGCAAUAACAUAAAUUGUAUAGCAUACUGUCCUCUUUGCAUAUUACUACUGACCUACAGAAAAGUCGGAUCGGUGUUAUGAUUUCAAAGUGCAGUUCUUGUAUUACACAGAUGAUGGCGCUGUCUCACUAUAUGUAAUACAUGUGAUGCUGAUUAAAAAACUGAGAUCAUA